GCAUGGUGAAAAAGUCAGUAGAUUAAUAAAUCUAAUUUUACAAAAAGUGACAAAAAUCGUAAUUUUAAAAUAUUAUAAAAUGAAGGCGAACUUACUUUUCUUUUUAUUUUUGUUUAACUUGGAAAUAAGACACGUUUUUACGGAUUUUUACUCUUCAAUAGCAACAUUGACACAACUUUCUCAGAACGAACUGAAAUUAGUGUCAGCCUUACGGAGAUUUAUAGUAGCACAAGAAAAACAGGAAGAGGAUGUCGACAAAUUUCUGAAACAAUUUCUAAAAACUACAGAAGAUACUGUGAGUGAAAAAGUCAUAGAUAAUCCCAUAGAUGCUUUCCAUCUACUGAGGAGAUGGGUCGAGGACUGGCAGAAAUGUUUUGAUAUUGUGAUUUGCCCAGAUUGUGAUAUGAAUGGACCACACAUAGAUUUUAAUUUAACCCGAAGCAUAGUCGAGAAGCGUAUUGGUGGAUGGCCACAGAAAACCGACUUAGAUGCAGCUGUCUCUGCCAUAUUCCGUCUUUGGAAUUUUUACCAAUUUGAUUUACACGAGUUUCUCCAUGGGAAGAUAUUUAAGUUUGAGACCGCUCCAUUUACUCCAGCCGAUGUUAUUUACAUUGCAAACAAAGCAGAAGAAUCCAAUGAUAUGUAUAACUCUAUCCAAUUCUUAGAGACCUUAUUAGAUGAAUUAAAAAAAGGAAAGUUUCCGAAAAGUCACGUGACUCCAACGACGUUAUCGAGGAUAAUCGCUGCAGCUUAUAACAGAUAUGAUAUGCCUGGGAAAUCAGUAGAAAUCUUAAAAGAGUGUACAAAAGCAGAACCUGGGAAUAAAAGACUACACAAUGACUUUGACUAUUUCAAAACGAGGGCAGCAAGUAUAUCCAAACUAGAGAAUGUGACGGCAUUUGAUAAAGUAGAUGCAGAGGACAAUAUGACAAAAGAUUACGAGAAUUUGUGCAGAGGUAGUUUAAAGAGUCCCAAAGAGCUGUCAAGACUCUUUUGUUAUUAUAAAGCAACUGAUGAUCCAUUUUAUUUCGUAAAAACAGAGCUAGCAAAUUUACAGCCACGAAUAUUUCUUUUUCAUGAUAUAAUAUCUGACGAUGAAAUAGGAUUUUUCCGAAACAUAAGUGAGAAAAAAUUAGCACGAUCUACAACAACGACAAAGCAGGGGAUGAUCGGUUCAGAGGACAGAAUAAGUCAUACUGCCUGGCUGAGCGAUCUAGACUUUUUGGAAUUAAAGAAAUUGACUUUACGAAUAAAACUUAUAACAGGACUGGAGACAGAGUUCAGGACACGUUAUAGUAAUACUGAACAAUAUCAGAUUCUUAAUUAUGGCGUCGGAGGAAUGUAUAAACCACACGUUGACCCGCUGUCGGAGGACCGUUCCAUGUUCCCAGGAGAAUGCCGAGGAUCCGGAGAUAGAAUUGCCACAAUUAUGUUUUAUUAUAUAUGCAUUGUUUACUUUUGUAUUCAACAGCUAUCGCAUGUGAUGCAUGGUGGAGCGACAGUGUUUCCGAACAUAAAGACAAGAAUUCCGGUUCAGAAGGGUAGUGCAGCUUUUUGGUAUAACUUGGAAUUAAAUGGAGAGAUAGACCAACGCAUGUUGCAUGCUGGAUGUCCUGUUCUUGUUGGUUCUAAAUGGGUGUGUAACAAGUGGAUACGAGAACGUGGACAGAUUUUUAAAAGACCAUGCGGAUUGAAAAAGAAAUCAAAAGAAAGAAGACUAUGAAAUUUGUAUUAAAAGAGUCUACUUGUCUAUGCUUUAUAUGAUUUAUUAAAAAAGAAAUAUCAGUUUUCAUUAUUCUCAACUAUUUGCUACGGAAACAUGUAACAUUAUCAUUAAACAAAUAUAACAUUGA